AUGGAAUCGUUCCGUCCCAUAAGUCUUGCCCGGGUCCACACACUCGGGCUGGUGCCCACUUUACUUUCUUGCGCUCGCUCUUUCUGCUUUACUGUCUCACGUAUGCCUGAUAGCGAAAGCUUUCCUCCUAUGGAUUUCGCUGAGGAUGCGAUGGAGCGCGCUGCGGCCGAGCGCCACUUGGUCCGAAAGCUCGAUCUGCGGUUGCUUCCGACUGUGUUUAUCCUGUUCAUUUUGAACUUCAUCGACCGCACAAGCAUCACCACGGCUCGGCUGAAGGGCAUCCAGGUGGAUCUGCACCUCUCAGACUUUCAGUACGAUUUUGUGCUUGCAAUCUUCUAUGCGACGUACGCCCCGGCUCAAGUCCCCUCAAAUAUGGUGCGUGACGCACGAUCUCGUUUCGUCUCCGCCAGGCCUAACUGGGAUAAGAUUCUGAACAAGAUUGCGAGUCUCAUCCCAGGGAAGCGGACGCAGAGCUUGAGUGGGAUGAUCGCUUGUAGGCUUUUUCUAGGCAUUCCAGAAGCACGCCGUUUCUCCAUUUUUCUUUCUUUCCGAAUGACGCAGUCGUUUCGACAGGCUGCAUUUUAUCCAGGAACCGUCUACUUGCUGUCAUGCUGGUACACGAAAAAAGAACUCGCACUGCGAUCAGCCAUUCUCUAUCUCGGGAUAAUUUUGGCCAAUGGGUUCGGCUCUUUCAUAUCUGCGGGCAUAUUCUCGGGGAUGGAGGGAGUACGAGGGAUACGAGCUUGGCAAACGGGAGCUUUUAAGGUUAUUUUACAUCGAGGCACGUUCUCCUUCAAUACUUUCCGGAGAACUCAGGCUCGACAGAUAUUGAUGUGUCCUAUCCAGGGAUCCGUCACUAUCCUAUUCGGGAUUCUGAUGAUGUUCAUUCUCCCCGAUUUUCCCCGGAACACUCGUUGGUUGAGCUUAACGGAGAGAAAACUCGCACAGGCGCGGAUCACGGAAGAUGCCGGGGAGUUGGACGCAGAUAGAGACACAGACACGAAGUGCUUUGGUCCUCACCUGGACAGUGAACGUCGUCGCUCGACCGCCCGCGUGCAUACCCUAUCUCAAAUCAUCUGGAGACGGACUGGAAUUGAUGACAAUUGCAGGAAACGUGCUGCAGCCGUAGGAAUCGUCAGCGCGACUAACAACCUGGGAAAUUGGACCGCUCACUUGUUCAAGAACCUUGGCAAACGAGAUUAUGAGCAAGUUAGCCCCAAGAAGUCACGCAAACAACGCUCACCAAGGAAGAGAUUUAAGGAGAAUGUCCCAGAGCGCGAAGAGAGCAAAGAGGAGGAUUUCGACACGUCUUCCGUCAAUAGUGACGCGUUUACUGACCCAUUUCACGUGUCCGACGCGACCAGUGAUCAAGACCGCGUAUCAGACAUCGACGUGUUUCCUUCAUCAGACGCGUCAAUCGGCCCAUUUCUUGUGGAGUUCCGAGUCGAAGGCGUGACAGAAUGGCCGACUACCUCCGAAACGCGUAAAUCCGUUUGGAAACUUCCCGAGCCGCCGAAACCACGCCCGUGCCCUAAGUCUACUGCGGAGGAAAUUGACGAUGAAGACAUUCUGCUGCCGCGCCAACGUGCAUCUAGUCACCUGCAUCAGGCUCCGAAUCUUGGAGAGGCAGAGAUGGCUUUGGACGCUGCAUCAAACUAUCUCCGUGGGGAGCUCCGUGGUACUGAUCUCUUUGGACGGAACGGGCUGGGAUACAAGAAGCGAGAGAUCAGUGACUUCACUCGGAAUCGGUUGACAGGAAUCCAGUCCAUGUUGAGCUUCUACACGCGGCCAGAGUUGACUGAUACAUAUGGCCGAUGGGGAGCAUCUGCACGCUUUGCUUCCGCGGGACUGAACCGGGGAGCGCACUGCAGCCGAGUACUUGCUGCUCUGGCGCGUCAAUACAUUCUGAAUCAGAAAGUAUUGGAUGUCAAUCCCUAUGGAGACUGGACUGAAAGCAUGUUGGCAGACGAGGAUUUGGCCAAUGAUAUGCGGCUGUACCUACAGUCGCUCGGGAAGGACAUUACUGCGGAGAAACUCCGAGCGUGGUUGAACGAUCCACUUGUUCAAUCAGAACAUGAUAUCAACAAGUCAGUUAGCUUGACUACCGCGCGAGAAUACCUCAAUGAACUGGGAUACAGGUAUACGGAACCAAAGAAAGGACAAUAUGUGGACGGCCACGAGCGUGCCGACGUUGUCUACUACCGGGACUAUGUUUACCUCCCCCGGCUUUUUGACUUGCAGAAGCGUGUGCUGGUCUUUGAUAAUGAUGGGAACCCGGUGGUCAAUCACACCACAUGGCCGGGUCGACGUGUCAUCAUUUGGUACCACGACGAAAGCAUAUUCUAUGCCCACGAUCGGAAACACAGGGCCUGGUACCACAAGGACUCACCUGCUAAGCCGUACCGGAAAGGAGAAGGCUGUUCCUUCAUGGUUGCGGACUACUUCUCGCCUGACUUUGGCUGGCUAUGUGAUCCAGCAGACAAAUCUCGGAACGCUCGGCGGUGUAUGCACCCUGGGAAGAAUCGUGAUGGAUACUUCACGUCCGACGAGGUUCUUGAGCAAGCAUCAGCCGCUUGUGACCUCGUGGACAAGGUCUGGCCAGACUACAAUCACGUCUUUGUGUACGACAAUGCCACCACACACAAGAAGCGGCCUGAGGGAUCUCUCUCUGCGCGCAAUAUGCCAAAAGGACCAUCGGGCACACGAAGUGGCAAGGAAGAUGCCAACUUCCUGGUCGAAGUAAAUAAGCGGGACGAAACUGGAAAGCCUGUUUACGAUGCUCGUGGCAAUCUUGUGAAGCAGCGCAUCAAGAUGACAGGUGCGCACUUUGACGGGCGUGCACAAGAUCUCUACUUUCCGGAUGAUCACCCGAAGCAUCCAGGCAAGUUUAAAGGGAUGAAGAAGAUUCUGCAGGAGCGUGGGAUGCAUGCAGAGGCAGCUUUGCUGUUGCAAUGCGAAGGGUUCAAGUGCGUGGAUCAGAGUGACACAUCAAAAUGUUGCUGUCGUCGCGUCAUCUAUAACCUGCCCGACUUCGCAUCGGUGAAGACAAUUUUAGAGAUGGAAUGUGAGAAGAAGGGUGUCGAGGUCUUAUUCUUGCCGAAGUUCCACUGCGAACUCAAUCCAAUCGAGAUGAUCUGGGGCUAUGCGAAGCGGCUUUACAGAUCAAAACCUGAAUCCUCGCGUGAAGAUCAGCUAGAGAAGAACACAAUGGAAGCUCUGGAUGAUGUUCCACUUCUUUUUAUGCGACGGUUUGCAAACCGAUGUCAUCGCUUCGGUGAUGCGUACUUAAACCACAAGUUGACAGGACCUCAGAUUGCUUGGGCCUCGAAGAAAUACUCAGGCCACAGGACCUUCCCAGCGUCGAUUUUGGCCGAACUUGACAAAGCAGGAAUCCACUAAUACAUUGCGUGCGACACAGCUCUACCCAAGAUGACCGCAGUGCUCUAAUUUUUUUGCUACAUAAUUUUUGAUUGUAUAUGCACAUUCUCC